GCGUAGGCAACCCAUGUUACACAUGUUCGAUGUUACUCCACAAGGCAAACACAUGUUUGUUCUAACCACAAAAGUUUUAGGGCGCAAUUCGAAUUUGUUCAUUUAAUAAUCAAUUAUCAUGGCGAAAAGUCUAAGAAGUAAAUGGCGCAGAAAGUGCAGGGCAGUUAAACGUAUUCGUUAUGGUCAAAAAGAACUUGAACGUCUGAAGAAAACACUUGGGAUUGAUGAGGCCAAGAAUGAAGUUGACAUGCAAGAUGUUGCUGAAGUUGCUACAGUUGUGGAUGCCAAGAAAAUCAAAGAUGAAGUUGCAGUUGCUGCUAAGGUGAAAUCCGAAGAUGCUAUGGUUACCGAUGAGAAGAAGCGCAACUUUAAUCCGAAAACAUUAAAAGAUGAGACUGGUACCUACCCAGUAUGGAUGAAUCAACGUCGCGUCAAAGCCAUCAAGAAGGCUGUGAAGAAAACUUCCAAAAUAACUCACAGGAAAAAGAGGAAAUAAUUUUUUUGUGGCUUUCAAACCUCAAUUUGUUAAUAGGAUUUAAUAUGUAUUUAAUAAUAAAUUGCGCGCCUAAAACUUACGUUUUGAUUUACGGGGCGCUUCGUUUACAA